GAGCCUAAACCUAGACUAUAUUUUUAGCCUAUCUCUCUCUACAUCAGAGUCUAAAUCUGGGAUUCCUCCUCUUCCAUUCCCAUCUGUCCUGACAAUUCUAGUCACUUGCUCUAGCAGACCUGUCCAGAUCUGAAAAAACAUGUCUGAAAACACUACAAAAGAAACUCAAAUAUCAGGGGAAUUCCAAAGUUUACAGUCAUCGUAUAGACUGAAUGGAAGAAACUAUCUAAAGUGGUCACAGAUAGUAAAAACUUUUCUAAAAGGAAAGGGAAAGAUUAAUCAUUUGAUGGACAAUCCUCCUAGUCCAGAAGACCCAAAGUUUACACUUUGGGAUGAAGAAGACUCCAUGAUUAUGUCAUGGCUAUGGAACUCUAUUAUGCCAGAAAUUUGUGGGCCUUAUAUGUUUCUAGUUACAGCAAAAGACAUAUGGGAUGCAGUGAGACAAACCUACUCUAAAGUGAAGGAUGUUGCGUUAAUCUAUGAGAUUAAGAUGAAGCUUUCAAUGACCAAACAAGGUAAUAUGAUGGUUAUUGAAUAUUACAAUACUAUGAAAAGUUUCUGGUUGGAAUUGGACUAUUAUCAGGAUUUUAAGAUGCAGUGUAGUGAUGAUGCUGUGAUUUUAAAGAAUUAUGUAGAAAGAGAAAGGAUCUUUGAAUUUCUUGCAGGACUCAACAUAGAAUUUGAUCAAAUGCGAGUCCAAAUACUUGGAAAGGAAUCCCUGCCCUCACUCAAUGAGGUAUUUUCAGUAAUAAGAGCUGAAGAAGGAAGGAGAACUGUGAUGCUUGAGGUCCCAAAUACUGAAGGUUCUGCUAUGAUGAUAACUAAUAGAAAAAACCUAAGUGAUGCUAGCAGAAACCAAAAUGAUGUCAUGAAUGGUGCAGAAGUGGUGAAGACUGAAGGGAGAAAAUUCUUUAAGGAUGAUCAAUUUUGUAACUAUUGCAAGAAAACAGGUCAUACAAAGGAGACCUGCUGGAAACUCCAUGGAAAACCACCAAGGAUGGGACGUAAUGGAGGAUACAAAUGGAACCAUUCAAGAGGACAUGCACACUUAGCAAAUUCAGAAGAGGCAGCACAUGAGUCGAGCACCCUAGAGGUGAGAGGAUUCAACAAAGAGGAGAUUGAAUGCCUAAGAACCUUACUCAACACAAUGGAGAAACCAUCUGGAUCAUGCUCUCUUGCUCAAAAUGGACCUAGCUACGGGGAGGACGAUUGGGCAAGCUAGAGUCAAGGAUGGGCUGUGCAUGCUUGGAGUGCAAGACAGCAGUAGUAACUCCCCUU